GGCCUUGACAGCUCAGCCCCUGAAUCCUGAGGAUUGCAAACUGGGACUCCUCCCGCUUGGAGGCGGGUAAGGAUGUAACUAUGUAGGGGCGCAGAGUGAGCGAGAGAGGACUCAGAUCCCCUCCAAUUCCGCACAUUACGGCAGGCACUGCAGAAACAAGAGCAAAACUGUGCAAAGAGCAAAGUGCCUGCCGCCCCCAGGGUUUCACCUGCGGAUCGCUGGGCAAGGACAAGGUGACUUCUUCCCCUCCCCGCGAACUGUCCGGCAGGUACUUUUUUUAAUUCCGGAGGGAAAAAAUCUUUGUUCACAAAAGGACUGGUUCCUCUGUGAAAGGGAACAAACCGUUGAAGACUGGAACGAAGACGCAAUUGCUCUGCCUUUUUUUUUUUUUUUUUUUUUUUUUUUUAAUUCGGAGCCAGCGGAAGCCAUGUGCCCCUUCCAGAAGUGAAGCCCCGAAGCGUGGGCAGACUUCUCCCCAAGGCCCGAUCCUCUUCGGGACGCGGCAGCGUGACUCGCUCUCCCCAGACGGUAAACUUGUCCCCGUGAGAGGGAAACUGAUUAAGGCCAAGUGGGUGUUGCACUUUUCAGGGCACCUGGGCGCAUGAAAACCCAGCGGACUGUCCUGGAAAGGAGAACAUGCCCCCCAAGUCUCUCUGCAACCUCUCCCAGACCGCGGGCGCGAAUCAGAGCGGCUUCGUUCCCGGGGUGUCCGAGGGGGACUUGCUGGCCGCCGCCGACGGGACGAGCGCCAAGUUCGCGAUCCGCUGUGCGAUCCCGUCCCUCUACCUGCUCAUCAUCGCGGUGGGCUUGCUAGGCAACAUCAUGCUGGUGAAGAUCUUCAUGAGCAACAGCGCCAUGAGGAGCGCCCCCAACAUCUUCAUCUCUAACCUGGCCGCCGGGGACUUGAUGCUGCUGCUCACCUGCGUCCCGGUGGAUGCCUUGCGCUACUUCUUUGACGAGUGGAUGUUCGGGAAGGUGGGCUGCAAACUGAUCCCGGUCAUCCAGCUCACCUCGGUGGGGGUUUCCGUGUUCACUCUCACCGCCCUCAGCGCCGACAGGUACAGAGCCAUCGUCAACCCCAUGGACAUCCAGACGUCCCGGGCGUUGCUGUGGACCUGUGUCAAGGUGGUGGGGAUCUGGGUGGUCUCCGUGCUGCUGGCGCUUCCGGAAGCCGUGUUUUCGGAAGUGACGCUAAUUGAGGGCGUUGAAAAUGGCAGCUUCACGGCGUGUGUACCCUACCCUCAGACGGAUGAAUUACACCCAAAGAUUCAUUCAGUGCUCAUCUUCUUGGUCUAUUUCCUCAUACCACUUGCUAUUAUUAGCGUUUAUUAUUAUCAUAUUGCAAAGACCUUAAUUAAAAGUGCACAUAAUCUUCCUGGAGAAUACAAUGAACAUACCAAAAAACAGAUGGAAACACGGAAACGCCUGGCUAAAAUUGUGCUGGUCUUUGUGGGUUGCUUUGUCUUCUGCUGGUUUCCAAAUCACAUUCUCUACAUGUAUAGGUCUUUCAACUAUAAUGAGAUUGACUCAUCUCUAGGCCACAUGAUUGUCACCUUAGUUGCCCGAGUUCUGAGCUUUUGCAAUUCUUGUGUCAAUCCAUUUGCUCUCUAUCUACUCAGUGAAAGCUUCAGGAGGCAUUUCAAUAGCCAGCUGUGUUGUGGGAGGAAGUCCUAUCAAGAGAGAUCAACGAGCUACCUUCUCAACUCUUCUGCAGUGCGUAUGACAUCUCUGAAAAGCAAUGCUAAGAACAUGGUGACCAAUUCUAUUUUACUAAAUGGGAACAGCAUGAAGCAGGAAAUGACACUGUGAUUUCAGCCAUUCAACUCACUACCUGGAAAGAACUUACCUUGCUGUCUCUAUGGAGCAGAGCAGAAAAAUAAUUUUCUCAUUCUUACUAUUGCUCAGCUGGUUCAUCAAGCGAUGUCAUGAUUGACUCAGAAAAGGCAAGACAAACACAGCUAGCAUUUGCCUUGAAACAGGAUUUUGCCUUGAAAAAUAUAUAUCUCACACUAAAAGUCAUUCAAAUGAAAUUCUAUUUGUGUAUAAUAUUGCUUCAGGAUUUAAGCUGUUGUUAGAGCCAACUCUAAUGUAUUUAUCUUAAGUUUGUUUUAUCUUGAAAUGUAUUCCUAUAUUGACUUGAUUCAGUGAUGGUAAUAUUCAAAUUCCUAUUGUUUGGAAAAGGAAUCAUAUUUCCCUGGUGAAUUUUAUUCAUAACCACUGCAUGUAUAUAUCUCCUUUAUUUAAAUAAAAUAGAAAAUUCAAAACAUAGAGCUUAAUUACAAGUCAAUAACAUUUAUUGUGAUUCUUUGUGUGAUUAAUCAUAAUUUAUAGAGAUAGCUUAUGUCUGUAACUUUUAGGUAUGUGAUUAGAAGGUAUGAUGCCAUUUGAUUAUAAAUAAUAAAAUAGAUAUCAUAUGAAUAUGAUUUUACAUUAUGGAUGUAAAACAGGUAUCAUAUGUCCCAAAACGAUGAUUCAGAAAAUUGCAUGGCCAUUUGUGUAUACAUUUCUAAGUCCUUUAACAUUUCGAUGUUUCUGUAUAAAUAUGAGAAGAUUAGUGUAAUUCUGGUGAGGUCAGUCACUUACUUGUCUUCUCUUACAAUAGCCACCUAACAAGUGUGUGAAAUCUCAUUUAAGCAAGUUUAUUUGGCAUAAUACCACAGUUUCCUCUGACUUACCAUCUUAGAGUUUUCUCUAAAAUGCAAGCAUGGUCUUGAUUAAAUUCUAAAAGCUACCCUUUCUCAGAUUUGUAUCAGUAAAUCUAACAUCUGAAUUAAUAUAUAUACUUUAUAAUUAUUAGUCAUUAUAAAGUAUAUUAAUAGUAUAUAUACUAAUAUAAAUUAUUAAUAUACUUUUUCUCUUUACAAAUUAGGUGAGCUCUUUCUUUUUUUUUUCCAAAGGUACUUACAGGUUUAUUUUCUUUAAUAUUUUGUAUUUUCUUAUUAUAUUACAUAGCUGAGCUCUUUCUUAAACACCCUUAAGCUGUACUAUUUAGGAUGUGAAAUAAUUGUAUGCAGUAAUGGGAAAAAUAAACACAAGCAAAUUACCUAUGAUAAUAAUAAUAAUGGUAAUGAACAUGAAUCAAGUGUUUUCCUUAUUCUAGGCACAAUCCUAAAGCUUUACCUAUUUUAUAUAUCUAAUUUAGUACUCAGUAUAAACCCUGAGAAAUAUCAAAUUUGGUAGGGUAUGAAAAGUUACACAAUUUGAAGAAUAUGUCUAUUAAAGAAAUACACUAGUAAAUUUUACAAAUUUUACCCGAUCACAUAAACACAUUGCCAGAGCUCCGAUCUUAGGCUUUCUUCACUUCAUGGAAUUAUCUCUGAAAUAUGUGCUGUCGUUAUCUUUAUUUUAUAGAUUAGAAAAUUGAGGCUCAGGAAUAUUAAGAAAGUUAAACAGGAGUUACACAGCCUUGUGGGGAAGGUGAUAUCUGAAACCAGACGCCUUACCAUGGUGCGUGCACCACUAAUCCUUUACAACUCAAUUGUAACUCUCUUUUAUCUCGAUUAUUUGUUCUUAACCUUGGCAAAGGUGGUCAAUCCACUCAUCAGAAAGGUGCAAAAUAUUACACACCAAUUUUACAUGAAUUCUGAGUAUCUUUGAGUCCUUCAAGCCUCAUCCAUUAAAAUCUAAAG